GAGCGUGCGUGCAGUGCGCGCGCUUCUGAGUGUGUGAGGAGAGGGAGAAGAGACCAGGAGGAGUGGAGAACAGAACGGAGAGCAUUCAUGCACACAGCUUUAAAUUGCCUUUCAACACAGACACGCGCAAUGCAAAAGGCGAUGCUAUAUACGAAAAGGGAGAGCAAUGCCCUUACCGGUCGUUUCAGCAAUAAUAAUAUAGCACGCGCCCAUUAUAAAAGUAACUGAUAUCGCGUAAAAACAGGGAAACGGAACCGGGGAGAGAGAGCAGCGGCGAACUAUGCACCGAUGAUGAUUUCUGCCAGAAAAACUCCGGAGAAGAGUCGCUAUCACCUGCAUUAUCUGGUGUGGCAUAACAAACACCGGCAGCUGGAGAAAGAGCUCUCAGCGCGCGAGCAGGUUGAUUUAGAAGUGUUGGACCCACGGGGUCGGACUCCUUUGCACCUGGCCGUGACACUGGCCCAUUUAGAGUGCGCCCGUCUGUUAGUCCAGCAUGGAGCCGAUGUCAGCAGAGAAAACAGAAAUGGCUGGACAGUGUUGCAGGAGGCCAUCAGCACACGUAACCCGGAGAUGGUGCGGUUGGUGCUGCGUUACCGUGACUACCAACGCAACACUAAGAGACUGGCGGGGAUCCCGUGCCUGCUAGAGAGACUCCGACAGGCGCAGGACUUUUACGUGGAGAUGAAAUGGGAGUUUACGAGUUGGGUUCCGCUCGUGUCUCGUAUCUGUCCGAGUGACACAUAUCGGGUAUGGAAGAGUGGUCAGUGUUUGCGGGUGGACACGACACUCAUGGGAUUUGAGCAAAUGACCUGGCAAAGAGGCAAUCGCAGCUUCAUAUUCAGGGGUCAAGACUCCAGUGCUAUGGUAAUGGAAGUGGAUCAUGACAGACAGCUAGUGUUUUGUGAGACGCUGCCGUGCCUCUCUUCCUCUCCCGCCUCGCCCUCCACCAGGCCAUGCACAACUGCUUUGAAUCUUCUGGGGGCGCUGCAACCCAGCGACGAACAGGUGGCGGCCCGUCUAUCCACUCCCGUGGUGGCCACACAGGUAGACACAAGGAACAUCUCCUUUGAGAGGAAUAAAACGGGCAUUCUUGGCUGGCGUAGUGAGAAAACGGAGGUGGUGAAUGGGUACGAAGCAAAGGUUUACUGUGCUUCUAAUGUUGAGCUAAUCACACGAACACGUACUGACCAUCUCACCGACCAGCACAAAACAAAACCUAAAGGCGGCAAGACUCCUCUGCAAUCCUUCCUGGGUAUCGCUGAACAGCACAUAGGGCCUAACAAUGGACACACUAUGGUGACUCAGAUAUCAUGCCCUGCAACGAAGCCUUUGGCCGUGACGGCUGAGGAGUACUUUAAUCCCAACAUGAGUCAGAGAGACAUUGGCCAGCCCUGUCACCUCACCACCAAAACACAAAGGUUCAAAGCCAAGAUGUGGUUGUGUGAAUCACACCCUUUAUCUCUGUCGGAGCAGGUAGCUCCUAUCAUCGACCUCAUGGCCAUCUCCAAUACACUGUUCGCCAAGCUUAGGGACUUCAUCACCUUACGCCUACCUCCUGGCUUUCCUGUCAAGAUAGAAAUUCCUAUCUACCACAUCCUGAAUGCUCGCAUCACCUUUGGGAACCUGAAUGGUUGCGAAGAGGGUGGGUUGCCCAGAGUGGAUAAUGAAGGGGACGGACAGAAGGACAGCCCCAGGACGGAGACGCCAUCACCAGGCAGUGACUCUUCCAGCGUGUCCAGCUCCAGCUCCACACACUCAUGUCGUGGAGGAGAGAUCCCACCUUGUGUGUUUGAGGCUCCGCGAGGCUACAGCAUUUUAGGAGGGAACCAGCGGGUGAACAUUAGAGAAGAGGAGGAUGAUCUGCUACAGUACGCCAUCCAGCAGAGCCUGAUAGAGGCUGGAUCAGAAUAUGACCAGGUGACGAUCUGGGAGGCUUUGACCAACAGUAAACCAGGAACACACACUCUGUCCUGUGACCCCAGCCGGCACGAAAGAACCCCACAGCACAAACCCCACCCCGUGGAGAGCCCUCGCAGCACACCAACCAAUAAGCCACCACGAAGCUACGACGAGCAGCUGCGUCUAGCCAUGGCGCUGUCCGCUCGUGAACAAGAAGAGGCAGAGCUACGUCAAAGACGAGAGGAAGAGGAACUGCAGCGUAUCAUAAAGCUGUCACUCAUGGAGAAGUGAUGGGGCUAGUGGGAACCGAGGGGUGGGAGAGCAUGUCUAGGGAUCUGGAACUUACUAUGAUUGGCCGCUCCCAAACGCCCCACCCUCUUCUUCCAAAGAACUGGAUACACUAGGCCACUCUCUGGUCCAGUCGUUCAGAAUCACAGAGAAACCUCUGUAAUCACUGCAAGUUUACAAACACAAAGUACCAAACUCAUGGCAAGCCACUGGCUGAUCAGAACCAGUCUGGUCUCCUAAUGUGUGAAUGUGCAUUUAUGACUAAAACAGUCCACACUGCGUAUUUUGGCGUCGUUUCUAAAAGCCAUCAUCCGAGCACUCACCCGAGUUCCCACAGACUCACCCGUAGGUGUGACGUCUGGGGGAUUCUUGUCACUUUUUUCAGUUUGAUGUUUUGAACGUACAGAACUUUAGUUUGGUUGUUAAUACACUUCAGAUUCACUGCACUUGGAUUGAGGAGCCAUGAUGUCUCCAAAUAGAAAGAGAGAGGGCGCUUACACACAAGAGUUCAUGCUGCAACUCCAUCAGUCUUGAUGGGAAUGCUGCAUUCAAAAAACGCAGAAGAAAACACAUAGAUUUGCAAAAGUGACACUUCCAUUAUACAACCAAAGUUGUUUAAUUACAACUUUUGGUUAAUGUCAUUGUGUAAAUCGCUGAAAUUUGAGGAUCUCAGACAGGAGGGUCUUCAAAAAUGUAUUUUGAUGUAUUCCCAUUUGAUUUUGAACUAAAGAACUUUUCACAUUGGCGUGAACGUUUAGCAUGAAAAUCCAUGAGUUUUGUGAACAAUUUUGUCUGUUCAGACCAAUGCAAAAAAAUAAAAAUAAAAUGCAUUAAGUGAAAAUGAAAGUAGGUAGUGAUAAUGGAAAAGAAGAAAUAACUGGGUAUAGGGGAGUAGUGAUGCGUAAUUUAGCCUUUUCGACAACUGCUUGUCAUGGAUGUUUUAGAGAAGGUGCUCACUGCUUGACUUCAAGCUCCACUUCUCUGGGUGUAAUGGGUGGGACUUUGAGGUCUAACCACACCCUAACCCUAAACAUAACUAGGUCAAGCUCCACCCAUUUGACCCUGCAGUGACCACUGCUUGGAGAUUUAUGCAACCGCAGUGGCUUCAGGCACAUUACCAAAAGCGUGAAUCUUGGUUGGCCAUAGUAGCAUAAUGAAAAGGUGCAAUCCUGUCCAUACACUUUUCUAGUGUGUAAGCGCCCUAAAGUGACCGCCAAACCUGCGUUAUGACAGAAGGUUGGCAGCAACUCUCUGUGCACUGUUAACGGCAUGAUUUUUAAUUAUUAACCAGAUUGAUAAUUCAAGCACUGGAGAAAUUAUUGUACGUUAAUGGUACACUUGACAGUUAAUAAGAAUGAACAAAACAAGCCAUUUUCAGGUACAUGUAGUGUAUGACUAAAUGAUUCCUUUGAAUCUGAAUCAAAUACUCAUUGCAAUAUUCAUUAUUUGUGUCCUAAAUGCACUUUUCACAAAAAUAACACAUUAUUCGCAUACUACACAGUGUGUGCUCUACUUCAAAUGGUGCUAAGUUGAUCUUUCAUAUUGACUUGUGGGUAACGUUCAUCAGUGUAAUUGUCACGACAUGCAUACAUCCGUCUGUUCAAUCACUCGACAACAACGUUUCUUUCCUGGCCUCCAUUUAGUGCUUCCUUCAACAUUACCAUCAGAGCUCAUUGUCUCAUGACUGGAACACCUGCGGUAGCUAAUCAAAAGUCUAAUCGUGCUUUCAUAAGGGGUGCCAGUUCUGGAAUAAAACAUGAAAGGAGGAAUCACUCACAGAUAUAAUGCCCUGAGCGAAGACGAAGCGGAAAGUUUUAUUGGAGAAUCUUAAAAUAGAUCUUUCUCAGAUUUAUUCUGGGCCUGAGUGACGUGCCCUCAGGGUUUGAUGUUAUCAGGUGAAUCUGAAAAACAAAUUAGGAAACAUGGCCAUACUCAACAUCUGAAAAGCUUCAACGUUUAAGCACAAGGGAUUAAGCGUCAGUUUUCAAAGGAAACGGAUCUGAUGAAGGUGUCUGGAGACAGAGCUCCUAAAAAACACGUAGGUGUGAUCUUAUGAUUGUGCGACUCGUGAAUGCUGGGUUCAGUCGUUAAGAGAUGCUUGAUAUGACUCAAUGUUUUAGUAAAACAUAUUAUAAGAGCACUAUUUAUAUUUAACCUUUUUUUUUUAAUUUGAUGACUUGGUUGAUGCUGUGGUUUGUGUGGAGUGCUGCUGUUGUGUUUGUAUGUGACUGAAAUAUAUUGUUCACAUUUGUAACUUAAAGGCAUUCUGAAUAAAGGAUGAUAUCUAAAUUAACAUGAAUUUCAA